UUUUUUUAAAUAAGUAAGGUUAUGAACUACUGAAUAUUCUUAUUUUCUGUUUUCCUACAGCAAUGUCUUAUUUAUUUCGUAGAUUAUGCACGAGAAAAGCAUUUCAAUUGAUAUUAGACAACACAAUCAAGAAACCGUUACACGGCAACUCUUUCAUUCUACCAGCAGUAACCACUUUUCAUAACCAAGAUUACCAAAAUCUGAUAGUGAGGUACAAAAGUAAAGACAGUAAAAGUAAAUUUUCGCGCAAUGCCGCCGCAUCGGAGAGCGAAGAAGAGGAUAAGGAAGAGGAUUUAUUCGAUAUUAUUAAAGAUAAACACACUAAAACCAUGAACGUUAGUGUUCCUUCGUUAAGAGUGGAUGCUUUGCUCAAAACAGGCCUGGGACUGUCGAGGAAUAGAAUAGAAACCCUCUUUUAUAGUAGCAAUAUAAGAGUGAACGGGGAGAAGUUACUUAAGAAGAGUACAAGCGUUUAUGAAGGGGACGAAAUCGAUGUAGUCAAAGGUGUGAGCCCUACGAACCCAAAUUUUUUAAUUGUAGCCCGAAUAGAAAUUGUAGAAGUGAAAGGAGAAGACGAAAGCAUAAAUGUUAAGCUUAGAAGGUGUAAGGCACUUACUAUUGAAAAUUACCCUGGAAGGAACAAAUGGUCAGCUUCAUCGCAAUCCUAAUAAUAUUAAUUCGUUGUAA